AUGAUACGUGACGCUCAAGCUGUGGAGAUUUGUCAUGGGGAAGGGGCCCAUGGAGCGGAGGAUCCUUUCCGUGGUUAUUUUAUCGGGGUAGAAGAUGUCACCGGCCCGAGUGACUUGGAGGCUCCGAAGAAGAGCUCGAGCGAGGUGGGAGCGCCUUGCCUAUUUAACGAAGCCCAACAUUCCCUGAAUCGGGCAUUUUUCCAAUCCCGAGGGGAGCUGAGCUGGUACGAGGCCGAUGUUCGAAAGCUUACUGAGGAGAGAUAUGCCUUAAAGCUUCUCAGUGAGCAGAGAGAAGGAGAAGUAAAAGAAGUUCGGGCCGAGCUGGAAGUAUCUCGGAAAGAACAAGCUGAACAGGCCGAGCAGGUCAAACAAAAGUUCAAUGCGAUUAGGAAGCUUCGUGUUGAAGUGGACGCAGUGAAAUCAGAGGCCGAGGAGUGGAAGAAGAACAUGGACUGCCUCGCCUCAAAAAAGGAGACUGCCCGAACUCAACUGGCUUCGGCCGAGGCCCAACUUCGAAGCUUAAAAGAGAAAGCCUUGGUGCAAGCCAAGAAAAUCGAGGAGUUGCAGUCUCAGUUGAGCUCAACAAAUUCUGAUCAAGAGAGAUUGGCCACAGAACUUGCAGCAGCCAAAAUAGAGGUCGAGAAAAUGAUGGCCAAUGCUAAUGCAAUGGAGGUUGCUGAGGCUGCUCAAGCUCGGGAAAACUGGGUUAGCGAGCAUGCUAAAUGCCGGUCUCGAAGGGAGACUCUCGAAGAGAUUCAUGCUCGUGGCUUCGAUCUAACAACCGAGAUUGAAAAUGCUAAGGAGCUUGAAGCCGAAGCUAGGGUGUUGGCCUUUCCCAUUGAUGAUGAUACCGGGAAGGCGAGAGGAUCUGAAAGUGAAGGGGGCCUCGAGGGAGAAGAUGCUGCUCCCGGAGAGCACUAA